AUAUGUGUCAUGUACUGGCGUUCAUUCACUAUGCGACACUGACGUCCUUUGGUAAUAUUCGCUUCCUAGUUUGAACUCAAAAAGCAACCCGUGGAGACAGUAGGCAGAUGGGACAGGUGUUCACAUUCACGAAUUCAUGUGUUUGAAUGCUUAGAACGAAAGUCAAAGCGAAAUUAUUCCGUUGUCCUUGGAAAGGAGGCCAUCAGAAAAACCCAAAGCGGUCGACUAGAUUGGGGAAGUUAAGAAAACAUUCCGGAAGAAGGCAAUUGCGAAUUACUUCCGUACUGUUGCCAAGACAAAUGUACCCACACGUCCAUACAGCCAUCAGAAAUUAAGAGUCAUUGGAAGGCGGCUUUAAUUUUACGCAUGCGCAAAGAGGCGCCUCAACAGUAGCUAGUUAUCGAAAGUUAAAGCUUCAAGAAAGUGGGCGGGCAAAAGAUGGAUUGCGUCACACCCCUCAGCCCUAACGUCAGUUUUCCGCGCAAGCGUACUGACAAAAAGCGGCACGAACGGAUUUUUAUCCUGAUCCUGAGGUGAGAGUCCUCCCGCGAUUCUGAUUGGCCUCUCAGGCAAUUGUGCAUGCCAGGAAGAUGUAGAAGCGACCAAUAAGGAAGCCCAAAGGGAAGGGCUACGGGAGUUGCCUGGCUGCCGGGAGUUGCAGCCAUUUUUGCUGCGGGGAGGGGGGGGGCGCUGUUAAAUGAAGCCCGGCCGCCCUCGGCAGGAACACUACAGUUCGGGCAGCGAUCAUGUUACGGCUGCGUUGUAAAGCGCGGAAUGGCUCCUUUCCGCUUCCCGGCCUCACGGCACAUUCCCGUCUACACGAACUCCAGGGCGUGAUCGCUGCCCUCACCGGUGUCCCCAUCCAGGCCCAGCGCCUGCUGCUCGGCUUCCCCCCCUCGUGCCUCGACCUCAGUGAUGAAGAGCAGCGCCUCGGAGAGCUGGGCAUUCAUUCCGGUGAUACUCUAAUAGUUGAAGAAGAUACAACCAAGCCCAAGACUGAUUCAUCUAUAGUUACAAAGCGGACUGUUUCUAAUUCGGUUAGAGAAGCUGUACCUGUGCUUGCCCGAAAGGUUGUUCCAGCUGACAACUCAUGUCUUUUUACCAGCAUAUAUUAUGUAGUAGAAGGUGGGGUUUAUGAACCAGGCUGUGCCCCAGAAAUGAGAAAUCUCAUUGCCCAAAUUGUAGCAAGCGACUUGGAAUCCUAUAGUGAGGCAGUCCUAGGAAAAAGUAAUCAGGAAUAUUGUGACUGGAUCAGAAGAGAAGAUACAUGGGGAGGUGCAAUUGAGGUUUCUAUAUUAUCUAAAUUCUAUCAGUGUGAAAUUUGUGUAGUUGAUACCCAGACAGUCAGAAUUGAUCGUUUUGGGGAAGAUGCUGGCUAUACUAAACGGGUGCUUUUAAUUUAUGAUGGUAUUCACUAUGAUCCACUUGAACGUAAAAUCCCCAACUCAGACAUUCCUCCUCAGACAAUUUUUUCCACAAAUGAUGAUGUUGUCCUUGCACAGGCUUUGGAAUUAGCAGAGGAAGCCAGAAGAAAAAGACAGUUUACUGAUGUAAAUCGGUUUACAUUGAGAUGUAUGGUUUGUCAGAAAGGAUUAACAGGGCAAGUGGAAGCCAGAGAACAUGCCAAGGAGACUGGACACACCAACUUUGGAGAAGUGUGAAUUUUCUGUGAGGUUGGUCAUGUUUUCUACCUCACUGAUCCAGAACAAGCCUCCAGAUUUUAAAAUAAGCUAUAUGUAAUGUUACAGAUUCAUUCAAAGUUUGAAAGCCCUAAAUUUAAUUAUGGCUAAUAUGCACAGGGUUGCAGUUGAUAGUGUAAAAUGUUUACAAGAGUGCAUGCAGUGGUGUCAUAUUUUCCAAUAAUCUUGGAGUAUUCUUUUGCACAACUAAGAACUAGAGAUAGCAACUGAUAGCAACAGGUGUAUCAACUCUUGAAAAAGAAUCUAAGCAGCUGCUGAAGGAAUUCCUGUAACACAACUGAAUAUAUACAUUGCUGUAGCCAGCUAGGCCUGCAUCAAGGACUUUAGAAUCACUGAUGAAAUAAAAAUCUCAGCUCCAUUACUGGAUUUUUGAUUCUGGAAUCUAUGAAAUAGUUAAGAUGGUUCUAUUCAUAUCUGGAAAAAUUACUUGCAUCUCAGUUUUGUUCAUAUGAAAUGUAUAUGUUUUUGUAACUUAAAGCAGUAAUUCCAAAGCUAUCUUAUUUAAAAUUGCUCAUUUGGAAAACUGUGUUAAAAUAAGGAAUGCGAGUUACAUUUUCAGCAGUCUUAGAAAGUAAAGUUACUAAUAAAUUUGGAUAAUUCCAUGGUGCCUAAAUACCAGUAUACAUUAAUUAUUUUUUAAAAGGUAUAAUCUGUUUGGGUGUUAAUAUGUAUAAAUAACAGGGCCUUCAAAAUUGUAACAAACUCAGCAAUAUGAAUCAGCGUAUUCAUCAUAUGGAUAAAUAAUAUAUUGCAGCUAUAAUAUUUCAAGGGUUCCAUGACAUCAGAUUGUUAAAUUUAAUGUCAAACCUUAGAGGCAGAGUGGUAUGUUUCCAAAUUGUCCAUUUUUCUAAGUAUAGCAAUGUCCCUGAUAACUGUCAAAUUGUUCUCUUUGAAAGUAGUAUAUCAUAGAGAAAACCUUCAGAUGUGGAUACAUUGGAGGUAGAGGAAGGGAGGAAAAGGUAAUUGCCAACUGGGCUAGUGCUUCAUAUUAAAAACAAAACUUAGAGAUUUGCAAUCAAAAUCACAAAGUUUUGGCUAUUGGAAACCAUUGCACUCUGAUCUGAUUCGUUACAUGCAUACAUCCUUUCACUGUUGUAGCUCUUAACUGAAAAACUCAUUCACUAUUAUAAGCCUUAUAAGUGUAUGUGUGUGUAUAUUGCAUACAUACACAAAUGCUGUUUGGUAAUAAAACGUGUUACGGAUAAUAUGGUUUGCAUGUGGUAGAAAAGUUAUAUUUAAUCUGGAGGGCUUUUGUAGGCAGUAGAAAAUGUAUUUGGAGAUUAUCUGAAUUAAAAUAAUUUACAAGUAAAUUUAAAAGGAAAGGAUUUAGCAUUUGAGGGAAAGGAAGAAAUUAAAAUGUGAGAUUGUAAUGAUGUGUGGUGAUCAAAACUGGUUUAAUGCAUGCUGGCUUAGAAAUAAUUCAAAUUAUCAGAAAAUGGAAGUGGUUUAGCAAUGUGGUUGCCAUCAGUGAAAGAAGCAUUAGGAAAUGAGUAAUUUGGAUCUAAACAUCUAAUAUUUCUUGGAUACUUGUACCUUUUUAGGUCCCAAAUAUAUGCAUGGUUAAUUGCUUUUUCCAUUUAUUUUUAAUGUAACAUGACCUAUAAAAUUUCAAACAGGUAUAGGCUGGGUCAAAUAUCUCAACGAAGUUAUGCUUUAGUGCAAGGAUCUGCAACGUUGUGAGCCUUAGGGAUAUAUUUGGAAUUUUGAGAACCAAGGAUAUAUUUGCAAAAUGGCUGCAAGGGAGGGUUUCUCCAAUUUACAAAAUGAUAGCUGUAAGGAAAGAUAAUUUACCUUAACCUUACACAUACCACAGUCUGUCCGUCCCCCCAAAAAGUAAGAACUAUGUUGCAGUAUCACAUUAAUUUAAAUAUUUUUAAGAAAGCUUAUAAUGGGAUAUAGCUUUGCAGUAAGUCAAGUUCCCAUUAAAAAUAAAAUUAUUUUUAAAGAUAUAUUGUGAAGUACAGGUGUGUCAGGAAAGCUAAACUAAUUGAAUUAGAUUACAACUAGGCUAUGUAACUUGUCAGUAUUCAUAUUUGAUUUGAGAUUCCUGAUCUGAAGUUAAAGAUUUGGACCUAAUUUAAUGUGCUGACAGUCAAUGUGAAAAUGCACUUUUUAAUCAAUUCAGAAAUUUGAAUUUAUUGAACUGAAGUGAAGUGAAAGUUCUCAAUCUAGAAACAGCAAAGAGAUCUGCAAUCACUCAUUUCCCCUAUAUGAUGAGUUAAAUAAUGUAACUAAAGGUAAUUGUAGUUCUUAAGUCGAAAACAAUACUAAAUUAAAUGUUGAUUUUAAGUUAAUAAGACAUGAAAUGCAAUCCUACACAUAUCUGCUCAGAGUAAACCCCAAAGUAGUGGACUUCCAGGAAAGUCUGUUACAACUACACUAACUAAUGUAGACAUAUUAAGGAUAACUCAGUUAAGACUAAUAAAGUGGUACUUUUGCCAAAAGCCUUAAACAAAACAACUGCAAUUGUACUUGUUACAGUAUAAGAAAAUGUUACCAAACUCACUAAGCUGCAUGCUUUUAUUGGCCAAAAAGACUAUUAGACUAGAAUGUUAUAGCAAUUUACUUAAAGUUCUGCUUAAAUAAUGGAAAUAAAAAGUAGGAAAUAAAACCAUUUUACAAUUACCCUAAUAUUGGUACUGAUCUCUUUAAAGUCUAAAAUCAGAUUAGUUGACCUUAAAGUCCUGUAAUAGAUACUUGGACAGUAGUAGCACUGGAGAUUGCUUCUCUCUUAUCAGAGGCACGCACACAGACGAAUAUAACCCUAUUCAAUAAUUUUUUAUGGCUCAGUUGCCAAGUAUGGUUUGAAAAAUAGGGUGUAAUUUAUACAAAACAUGGGCGUGUAAUAUAUUAAGCAUUUAAUCUGUAACUGUAUAUCUACAUUUGCUUGGAAAAACAUGAUUAACAUCAAGACUUUUAGAGAAAGAAAAGAUGUAUUCUGAGACUUGAAUAUAUUAAUACACUAAGGCCUUUAAAUCUUGUGAAGAAAAUCGUAUUUGUUCACAGACUGGCUGAGAUUACAGUUAAACCUAGAUACUGUAUUAAUCUUAUUUUGUUUGCUGUAGAAUUGAUUACAUGCACUUAUCAAAGGUGUUGAGAAAUUGACCUGUUUAUAUUCCAUUUAAGUAAAGGUGCUAAGGGAAGCUUAUUUUGUAUAUUGUGUUCUAUUAAUUUUUUUAAAUUUUAGAGUAUGUACUUUUUGCAUUUUUGCUUUAAGGUUUGUCUGGAGACAUGGGUUUAAAUCACACUAUUUUACUGCAGAUUUUACCAACAGUAUUAUAAUUUUUAAUGUCAUUUAAAAUAUAGCACAUUAGUUUUUAUUGAGCUAUUGCCAUAAAUAUGUUUCUCUACAGAUCUUUAUACACAUAAAAAGAUAAUUAGUUGCAUGGAAAUGCAUUCAAGAACUAAAUGUUUAUAUAAAAUAAAUCCUUGGAUUUAGAAAAAAACAAAAAUAAAUGUAAUCUGACAUGUUUCAUCUAAAUGGUGGUUAUUUGAAAGCUUGUAAAUUUGGACAAUACAGAAUAUUAUUUCCUUUAAAUAUCUAAGUAUGAAGAUGGUAUAUCUUGGUACCAGAUUUGGAUUACAUUUUAUCCUUGGAUAGCUAUAAAAAGAAAGUCUUUUAAGUUGGUAAACAUACUUUGCGGUAAUGGGUUAUAAUAUUUAAAACAUUACGAUUUUCUCUCUUAUUUUAAAAUGGCUACAAAAUUACAUUGGAUGAUUGCUAAUAGAAACAUGUCAUAAUCCAAACAAUCUCUUAUGUCACUUCUUAGCUUUUUUCUAGUGUUAAAAUUAAUAUUUUUGUCAUAGAAAAAAAUUCUAAGUUAACUGGGAGCUGAAAUUUCCUGUUACAUCAUUUAUUUUAUAAAGGAACCUAUGUCUACAUUAUCUUUAAAAACUAUUAUUUGCACCUUCUUAUGGAUAUAGAAAUCAAUUUAAAUGAACUCUUCAAUCUGGGAGUAGAAGAAUAUAAUAUCCAUUUUUUUUCUGGUGUCAAUUUUAUACACAUACACAGAGUUUAAUAUCCUUAAAAGUAUCACUAACUUUAAAAUUCUCAGAA